AUGUGCAGUGGUGGGUCUCUCUCCCACAGACAAGGACCAGGCACAUAUAUUUUCUGGACAUUCUUUUAAAGUUAAUUAAUGGUGUCAUUAAGAGGCAUACUUUAAGGGAAAGACGUUUUGCAUUUCUAAGUACUCUGGGUACUCUGUCUGCCGCACACCAUUCCAUUACCAGGUACAAGGAGAAAGGGGCUUUACUCUAGGCAGGGAUUUACUAACCACUAGUCAUUACCAGGUACAAGGAGAAAGGGGCUUUAAUCUAGGCAGGGAUUUACUAACCGCUAGUCAUUACCAGGUACAAGGAGAAAGGGGCUUUACUCUAGGCAGAGAUUUACUAAUUGCUAGUCAUUACCAGGUACAAGGAGAAAGGGGCUUUACUCUAGUUAGGUAUUUACUUACCCCUAGUCAUUACCAGGUACAAGGAGAAAGGGGCUUUACUCUAGGCAGGGAUUUACUAACCGCUAGUCAUUACCAGGUACAAGGAGAAAGGGGCUUUACUCUAGGCAGGUAUUUACUAACCGCUAGUCAUUACCAGGUACAGGGAGAAAGGGGCUUUAAUCUAGGCAGGGAUUUACUAACCGCUAGUCAUUACCAGGUACAAGGAGAAAGGGGCUUUACUCUAGUUAGGUAUUUACUUACCCCUAGUCAUUACCAGGUACAAGGAGAAAGGGGCUUUACUCUAGUUAGGUAUUUACUUACCCCUAGUCAUUACCAGGUACAAGGAGAAAGGGGCUUUACUCUAGUUAGGUAUUUACUUACCCCUAGUCAUUACCAGGUACAAGGAGAAAGGGGCUUUACUCUAGGCAGGGAUUUACUAACCGCUAGUCAUUACCAGGCACAAGGAGAAAGGGGCUUUACUCUAAGCAGGGAUUUACUAACCGCUAGUCAUUACCAGCUACAAGGAGAAAGGGGCUUUACUCUAGGCAGGGAUUUACUAACCCUUAGUCAUUAUCAGGUACAAGGAGAAAGGGGCUUUACUCUAGGCAGGGAUUUACUAACCGCUAGUCAUUUGUAUUCAUUUCUCCAUUCUGUUUUUGUAUUCUCUGUGUUGAAUAACUUUGAAUAGUCUGAUUUGAACAGUGUGGCAGGUGUGUAUGCAUGUAUUUCUUUAAUACAUUUUCCCUCAAGGGAAAUGUCCUGUUGUUUAGAUGUUGGAUAUUGACAAGGUCGGAUGACCUGUUAGUGACGUGUUUUUGGUGUGUGUGUUUCUGUGUGUGUGUGUGUGUGUGUGUGUGUGUGUGUGUGUGUGUGUGUGUGUGUGUGUGUGUGUGUGGUGUGUGUGUGUGUGUGUGUUUCUGUGUGUGUGUGUGUGUGUGUGUCUGUGUGUGUGUGUGUGCUUGCAGCGGAGUGUGGGGGUAGGUUCAAAGGUGAGUCUACAGGGCGCAUCCUGUCUCCUGGAUAUCCCUUCCCUUACGACAACAACCUGCGCUGUACCUGGACCAUCACUGUCAACUCUGGCAACAUCGUCAGGUAGCUACACAUAUAGAAUGGGAAUCUGAUAUUAACUCUUUACCACAAAAUUAAUGGGCGAAUGGGGGUACCCUUGUCUGGUACCUCGCAGAACAAUUUCUAUAUUAAUGCAUGACAUAACAGGCCUGCUGUUUUUUCAGAUAAUAUCUUGUCAAAUAUUGACUUACUUUGAUCAUUAAAUUAGGAUUCAUCAUGCACAGUUUGAUAAUUGCCUUUGGAGGUAUGUACGCAUCAGAGUUUCCGUCAGCCGGUAAUUGCCGGCAUUUGGCCGAUAAAAAAAAUGAAAAGCCGAUAAAUAAAAUUGUAGCCAGCCAAAUUGACCGUGAGAAAAAAAACUAUCCCAUUGCAAAAUAAUGCUUUUUAUUCAUUGUUGGAAAUAUGAGUUAAUGGAAAUACAUUUGACCGCCAUGCUUAUCAGUCUAUAGGUUAAUUUGGGUCGUGUGUAUUUUCGUUAGUCGUCAUGUAUCUUAUUUAUCACACACACACAGAGCACACAGAGACUAUUCUGAGCGGAAUAUCACUCGUCAGACAGCUCCAUGUCCUGCAGCUCCUCGCUGCUGGAGUGAAACUUGCUUUUUUAAACCCAGUCAUUGAGCAACGAUUCUAAAUGCAGUCGCUUGUUAAGAACAGUUUUUGACGGCCACAAUUAAAGAUAUCUACUAUUUUUGUUUCUCAACUGGUAAUUUGAAGCACGCCUCCCAUUUGCCAAUAGGUGCGCAGGCAACGCUAGGCAUGCCAUCAGCGAGUCACCCACCACUUUGCAAUGUGAGCUGGAGGCAGGAUUUUGAAAACAUACGCUUAAUUGUUUGAAACCUGCAUGUUUUACUUCAUUUUAUGAGUCAUGUCUUGCCUUGCUUCAUGGUAGCCUAGGCAAUAUCCUACCAUAGACACGUGGAAGCAGUUAUUUUAUGAAGAUUUCCCUCAUAUGCCAUUGAAACCAGCGUUUUUCUCCUGUUCUAUUGGUUUUCAUAUAAACUUUCUUUCAUUGUCCAGGAGCCAAAGGCACAAUCCCAGUCAUAUUAGCAACCCCUUCUAAUUGUUGCAUCUUUAGAUUCCCCCUCUUUCUAAGUUUCUAACUGAGAUUUUCAUCUCUGUCACAUUUUUAACUGCUCACAUCAGGUGCGUUGUUUAGAAUGGUGUUUUCCCGCAAAUUGCAUUUUUGGCAAAUGUUUGAAAAUGCCGUUUUAUUGGCUACUUAAGAUUAAUUACCAUUGUCGUAUCGGGUGAAUGGUGGCAAUUAUUGCUGUCAACAAAGAGUCCGCUUAGGCUGCACCGUGUUUUAGAGGCUUUUAUUAAUAUCCCACGGUUACAGCAUAAGUGACAGAUGUCAUGACAUCCGGAGAGCGACGCCUCAGAAUGGCCGCUCUGCCCUUUCAUCGUUUAACCCCUACUUAUAAACAAUGCAAAAAGAUGGGCUCCCUCUUCUGGCCAAUCACCAGUCUCCCCUGUCCACAACACACUUCCUGUCUGUUGUAUGUGGCGUUACACUAAAACAUUCCCUCUUGAUACUAAAAUUAACAUCCUCUCUGGUUCCACUUAAAACAUUAACAACGUCAUAAUCUCAAUACACGACACCAUAAUCUAAAUGUGAUUUCUGUCAUUCUGAGCACUGUGGGUGGACACCCUAAUGGGUUACGCACCCAGUGCAUAUCGGUCAGGUAAUUUUCUCAAAUGGCCGGUAAAUUAAAAUCUUCCCAGUCACGUUGUCCGAAGCCACAUUUUGCUAACGGAAAACCCGUUACUCAUCUACCUUUUCACCAUGGAAAUUAAAACGCAAAUGGGAAAAUGGGGCAUCCUUUUCUGGUACCUAGUGCAUUCCAAAUUGUAGCCUUCUGCAUUUCCAGAUCUUGUACAAAGAUUAACUUAGUUAGAACCAUGUAAUUAAGAUUAAAAAAUACACCGUUCGUGACUGCCUGUGGAGGUUCUGUAGUUUCUCUAAUCAUUUUGGUGACUGCCUGACUGUGGAGUUGGUUUGUCCAAUCGGAUCCCAGCUAGCCCUCCAGAUCCUGGAGCCAAUCAAACGGAGGAUGUGAAUAUAACUACAGCAGAAUUUUCAGACGGUUUGUCUUGCCAGACAUUGCCGAUAGAGUCAACAGAAAAUGCACACAACAGAUAGAAUUUGAAGAAGUUAUGAUUUGAAAUUGGUGUUGUCUUGGGCCAAAGUGUGUUUUGUUUAAUUCCGAUUUAAAUCCAUCCUCCCUAGCCUCCAGUUUCUGGCGUUCGACACAGAGGCAUCUCACGACAUCCUGAAGGUUUGGGACGGACCACCAGAAAAUGAGAUGUCUCUGAGGGAGGUGUCUGGCUCCCUGCUCCCCGAGGGGAUACACAGCACCCUCGACGUCGUCACCGUUCAGUUCGAGACUGACUUUUACAUCACCAAGUCUGGCUUCGCAAUCGACUUCUCAAGUGAGUGCUUCACCAAGAAAAUACCUGUCAAAGAAAGAACAGCAUUUAUUUAUUCCAUUUACCUUCAACUCUGUAAUAAUUGGGUCUCAUAUGAACUGGGAAGCUAAUGAAUGCUUUAACAAUUUUCUUCUCAAGUGAGUCUUUCAACAAGAGAGGACAGGCAGCAUGUUGUAGUUUUUCCAUUCUCCAGUUCUCUCAAUGUUUUUAUAAAUUGUGAAGUAGAAAGCUAUCAAAUGCUGAAACAAUCUGAAUCAUUCUCACUUAAAACUGAAGUAGUUCUCUCAACCUUAUAUAAUUGUGAAGUACGGUAGAAAAGAUCAAGUACGUUAACACUAUUUGGAUAAUGCAUCUGUAGAUGCUCUACAGACUAUUUACAGACUAUCAGUGACAUUUCAGAAAAUGAUCUACUAUCCCUAACCCUAACCCUAACUUUAACCCUUAUCCUAACCCUAAACUUAACUCUUACACUAACCCUACCUUUAACCUUUACUCUAGGCCUUAUUCUAAACCUAACCGUAACCACGAUCUAAGCAAGCAGUUGCUUAUCAACAGAUAGUGUGUUGAUAGUAUGACCAUCUCUAGAGCAUCUACAGAUGGACUAUCCAGACUAUCCAAAUAAAGUGUGAACUCAAGUUCAAAGCCGUGGACGAUCAGGUUUCUAGAGAUCUUUCUACAGCUGUGACCAGUUGAGCUUGAGAAUCAGUCAUGAUUCUCCAGCUGUAUAUAAGUCAGACUCAGUCAUGAUUCUCCAGCUGUAUCUAAGUCAGACUCAGUCAUGAUUCUCCAGCUGUAUCUAAGUCAGACUCAGUCAUGAUUCUCCAGCUGUAUCUAAGUCAGACUCAGUCAUGAUUCUCCAGCUGUAUCUAAGUCAGACUCAGUCAUGAUUCUCCAGCUGUAUCUAAGUCAGACUCAGUCAUGAUUCUCCAGCUGUAUCUAAGUCAGACUCAAUCAUGAUUCUCCAGCUGUAUCUAAGUCAGACUCAAUCAUGAUUCUCCAGCUGUAUAUAGUGUAAGUCAGACUCAGUCAUGAUUCUCCAGCUGUAUCUAAGUCAGACUCAGUCAUGAUUCUCCAGCUGUAUCUAAGUCAGACUCAGUCAUGAUUCUCCAGCUGUAUCUAAGUCAGACUCAGUCAUGAUUCUCCAGCUGUAUCUAAGUCAGACUCAGUCGUGAUUCUCCAGCUGUAUCUAAGUCAGACUCAGUCAUGAUUCUCCAGCUGUAUCUAAGUCAGACUCAAUCAUGAUUCUCCAGCUGUAUCUAAGUCAGACUCAGUCAUGAUUCUCCAGCUGUAUCUAAGUCAGACUCAGUCAUGAUUCUCCAGCUGUAUGUAAGUCAGACUCAGUCAUGAUUCUCCAGCUGUAUCUAAGUCAGACUCAGUCAUGAUUCUCCAGCUGUAUCUAAGUCAGACUCAGUCAUGAUUCUCCAGCUGUAUCUAAGUCAGACUCAAUCAUGAUUCUCCAGCUGUAUAUAGUGUAAGUCAGACUCAAUCAUGAUUCUCCAACUGUAUCUAAGUCAGACUCAGUCAUGAUUCUCCAGCUGUAUCUAAGUCAGACUCAGUCAUGAUUCUCCAGCUGUAUCUAAGUCAGACUCAGAGAGGCCAUAAAGUCAUAUCCGCUGUGUGUCCUUCAGCUGUUGUUUAAUGUCAUGUCUGCUGUGUGUCUCCAGGUUCGGUGGCGACAGCCUGCAGAGAUCCAGGCAUGCCUAUGAAUGGCAGUCGUAACGGAGAGGGGAGAGAACCAGGUGAUACGGUGAACUUCUCCUGUGAUCCAGGAUACGAGCUGCAGGGAGAGAGCAAGAUCACCUGCAUCCAGGUGGACAACAGAUACUAUUGGCUGCCCAGCCCUCCCAGCUGCAUUGGUGAGGAUGUACUACUAUACUAUACUGUACUAUACUAUACUAUACUAUACUAUACUAUACUAUACUAUACUAUACUAUACUAUACUAUACUAUACUAUACUAUACUACUGGCAGACCAUCCCUCCCAGCUGUAUUGGUGAGGCUUAACAUGCAAUAUAACUAGUUAAUCAGCCCUCCCAGUUGCAUUGUUGAGGCUUUACAUGAAAUACAGUGCAUUUGGAAAGUAUGCAGACCCCUUCACUUUUUCCACAUUUUGGUGCGUUACAGCCUUGUUCUAAAUAAAUAAAAAUAUUAAUCAAUCUACACAUAAUACCCUUAAUGACAAAGCAAAAACAGGUUUUAGAAAUGUCUGCAUAUAAAAUAAAAAAAUAAAAUACGUAUUUGCAUAAGUAUUCAGACCCUUUGCUAUGAGACUCGAAAUUGAGCUCAGGUGCAUCCUGUUUCGAUUGAUAAUCCUUGAGAUGUUUCUACAACUUGAUUGGAGUCCACCUGUGGUAAAUUCAAUUGAUUGGACAUGAUUUGGAAAGUCAUACACCUGUCUAUAUAAGGUCCCACAGUUGACAGUGCAUGUCAGAGCAAAAACCAAGCCAUGAGGUCGAAGGAAUUGUCCGUAGAGCUCCGAGACAGGAUUGUGUCGAGGCACAGAUCUGGGGAAGGGUACCAAAACAUUUCUGCAGCAUUGAAGGUCCCCAAGAACACAGUGGUCUAAAUCAUUCUUAAAUGGAAGAAGUUUAGAACAACCAAGACUCUUCCUAGAGCUGGCCGCCCAUCCAAACUGAGCAAUCGUUGGAGAAGGGCCUUGCUCAGGGAGGUGUCCAGGAACCCGAUGGUCACUCUGACAGAGCUCCAGUUCCUCUGUGGAGAUGGGAGAACCUUCCAGAAGGAGAAUCUUCCAGAAGGAGAACCUUCCAGAAGGAGAACCUUCCAGAAGGAGAACCUUCCAAUUGGAAUCCAUGCUUCAAGAUUGUUUUGAUCACGCGGACUGGGAUAUGUUCCGGGUAGCUUGCGAAAAUAAUUUAGACGAAUACACUGAUACGGUGACUGAGUUUAUCAGGAGGUGAUGUUGUGCCGACUGUGACUAUUAAAACCUACCCUAACCAGAAACCGUGGAUAGAUGGCACCAUUGGCGCAAAACUGAAAGCGCGAACCACUGCAUUUAACCAUGGCAAGGUGACAGGGAAUAUGGCAGAAUACGAACAGUGUAGCUACUCACUCCGCAAGGCAAUUAAACUGGCAAAACAUCAGGAUAGAGACAAAGUGGAGUCGCAAUUCAACGGCUCAGACACAAGACGUAUGUGGCAAGGUCUACAGACAAUCACGGACUUCAAAAAGAAAACCAGCCACAUCGCCGACACUGACGUCUUGCUUCCAGACAAGCUAAACACUGUGUUCGCCCGCUUUGAGGAUAACACAGUGCCACUAACGAGGCCCACUACCAAGGACUGUGGCCUCUCCUUCUCCGUGGCCGACGUGAUUAAGACAUUUAAGCAUGUUAACCCCCGCAAGGCUGCCGGCCCAGACGGCAUCCCUAGCCGCGUCCUCAGAGCAUGCGCAGACCAGCUGGCUGGUGUGUUUACGGACAUAUUCAAUCUCUCCCUUUCCCAGUCUGCUGUUCCCACAUGCUUCAAUAUGGCCACCAUUGUUCCUGUACCCAAGAAAGCAAAGGUAACUGAACUAAAUGACUAUCACCCUGUAGCACUCACCUCUGUCAUCAUGAAGUGCUUUGAGAGACUAGUCAAGGAUCAUAUCACCUCUACCUUACCUGUCACCCUAGACCCACUUCAUUUUGCUUACCGCCCCAAUAGAUCCACAGACGAUGCAAUCGGCAUCACACUGCACACUGCCCUAUCCCAUCUGGACAAGAGGAAUACCUAUGUAAGAAUGCUGUUCAUUGACUAUAGCUCAGCAUUCAACACCAUAGUACCCUCCAAGCUCAUCAUUAAGCUUGAGGCCCUGGGUCUGAACCCCGCCCUGUGCAACUGGGUCCUGGACUUCCUGACGGGCCGCCCCCAGGUGGUGAAGGUAGGAAACAACAUCUCCACUUCGCUGAUCCUCAACACUGGGGCCCCACAAGGGUGCGUCCUCAGCCCCCUCCUGUACUCCCUGUUCACCCAUGACUGCAUGGCUAAGCACGCCUCCAACUCAAUCAUCAAGUUUGCAGACGACACAACAGUAGUAGGCCUGAUUACCAACAAUGACGAGACAGCCUACAGGGAGGAGGUGAGGGCUCUGAGAGUGUGGUGCCAGGAAAAUAACCUCUCACUCAACGUCAACAAAACAAAGGAGAUGAUCGUGGACUUCAGGAAACAGCAGAGGGUGCACCCCCCUAUCCACAUUGACAGGACCGCAGUGGAGAAGGUGGAAAGCUUCAAGUUCCUUGGCGUACACAUCACUGACAAACUGAAAUGGUCCACCCACACAGACAGUGUGGUGAAGAAUGUGCAACAGAGCCACUUCAACCUCAGGAGGCUGAAGAAAUUUGGCAUGGCACCUAAAACCCUCACAAAGUUUUACAGAUGCACAAUUGAGAGCAUCCAGUCAGGCUGUAUCACCGCCUGGUACGGCAACUGCACCGCCCGCAACCGCAGGGCUCUCCAGAGGGUGGUGCGGUCUGCCGAACGCAUUACCAGGAGCAAACUACCCGCCCUCCAAGACACCUACAGCACCCGAUGUCACAGGAAGGCCAAAAAGAUCAUCAAGGACAUCAACCACCCGAGCCACUGCCUGUUCACCCCACUAUCAUCCAGAAGGCGAGGUCAGUACAGGUGCAUCAAAGCUGGGACCGAGAGAAUGAAAAACAGCUUCUGUCUCAAGGCCAUCAGACCGUUAAAUAGCCAUCACUAGCACAGUAGAGGCUGCUGCUGCCUAUUGAAAUCACAGGUUCCUCAAAAGACAGGCUCCUAGGAAUUUAACUAUGGUUAUUCUGUUUUAUGUUACAAUAUAGUUAUUCUGUACUCAGGCGGAAUCAGUGAGGCAUUAAAUGCCAUGUCUUCCUUGUAAAAGAGGUCUUCUGUCCUCAAUGGAACUUCCUGGAUAAGUAAAGGAUAAAUCAAAUAAAAAAUCUAAUACUACUAGGAAUAUAACUGUGGUUAUUCUGCCCUCCUAGCUGCAUUAAUGAAACUAUACUAGGAAUAUAACGGGUUAGUCUGUCCUCCUAACUUCAUUGGUGACAUCUAGAAAUGAAACGCUACUAGGGAUAUUUUCUAGUUCUGUCAUUCUGUCUAUAAACCACCGGUAUGAUUCAUGGGAUCAGCAGCACCAUGAGCGAGACAUAUUAAAACCGCUGCAUAGGGUUGUACUGUGUAUUUAGAACACAGUGGUACUGUGUAUUUAGAACACAGUGGUACUGUGUAUUUAGAACACAGUGGUACUGUGUAUUUAGAACACAGUGGUACUGUGUAUUUAGAACACAGUGGUACUGUGUAUUUAGAACACAGUGGUACUGUGUAUUUAGAACACAGUGGUACUGUAUAUUUAGAACACAGUGGUACUGUAUAUUUAGAACACAGUGGUACUGUGUAUUUAGAACACAGUGGUACUGUAUAUUUAGAACACAGUGGUACUGUGUAUUUAGAACACAGUGGUACUGUGUAUUUAGAACACAGUGGUACUGUAUAUUUAGAACACAGUGGUACUGUGUAUUUAGAACACAGUGGUACUGUAUAUUUAGAACACAGUGGUACUGUAUAUUUAGAACACAGUGGUACUGUAUAUUUAGAACACAGUGGUACUGUAUAUUUAGAACACAGUGGUACUGUAUAUUUAGAACACAGUGGUACUGUAUAUUUAGAACACAGUGGUACUGUGUAUUUAGAACACAGUGGUACUGUGUAUUUAGAACACAGUGGUACUGUAUAUUUAGAACACAGUGGUACUGUGUAUUUAGAACACAGUGGUACUGUGUAUUUAGAACACAGUGGUACUGUAUAUUUAGAACACAGUGGUACUGUGUAUUUAGAACACAGUGGUACUGUAUAUUUAGAACACAGUGGUACUGUGUAUUUAGAACACAGUGGUACUGUGUAUUUAGAACACAGUGGUACUGUAUAUUUAGAACACAGUGGUACUGUGUAUUUAGAACACAGUGGAACUGUGUAUUUAGAACACAGUGGUACUGUGUAUUUAGAACACAGUGGUACUGUGUAUUUAGAACACAGUGGUACUGUAUAUUUAGAACACAGUGGUACUGUGUAUUUAGAACACAGUGGUACUGUAUAUUUAGAACACAGUGGUACUGUAUAUUUAGAACACAGUGGUACUGUGUAUUUAGAACACAGUGGUACUGUGUAUUUAGAACACAGUGGUACUGUAUAUUUAGAACACAGUGGUACUGUGUAUUUAGAACACAGUGGUACUGUGUAUUUAGAACACAGUGGUACUGUAUAUUUAGAACACAGUGGUACUGCGUAUUUAGAACACAGUGGUACUGUGUAUUUAGAACACAGUGGUACUGUGUAUUUAGAACACAGUGGUUAUGUGUGUGUGUUUCUGCAGCUCCCUGUGGGGGCAACGUAACAGGAUCAUCAGGAUUCAUCCUCUCCCCCAACUUCCCCCUCCCUUACCCUCACAGCAAGGACUGUGAUUGGCUGAUCGCUGUCCACUCAGACUACGUCAUAUCCCUGGCUUUUAUCAGGUAAGGAAUGAAUGAAUGAUUCCGUUCAGGUAAGCUACUGAACUGAAACACACCCAGAAAGACGAACGUCUGAAAGCAGAGGGUGACUGCGGUGUGUUAGAGAUCGCCUGCUGGGUGUUGAUGAACUGUGGUGAUUCAACAUGUAGAAUCGUCAGUAAAUAAACUGAAAUUGACAGCGGAUGUUCUGUGGUGUGGUGUUCCUCUCUACUGGUAUCUGAGUCUGGUUCCCCUCAAGGUUUCUUCCUUUCAUCUGUGCUGAUGCUUGCUCUUUCUAUUGGUGCUCUGGGCGGCGUUAUUGUAAACCACUUUCUGAAAACUAUUCUUUUAAAAAGGUCUUUAUCAUAGUUUGUGAAAAGGUCUUUAUCAUAGUUUGGGAAAAGGUCUUUAUCAUAGUUUGGGAAAAGGUCUUUAAGUUUCCUAUUUAUCUUUAUGCUGAUAGUUUACUGUGUGUGUCUGUGUGUGUGUGUGUGUGUGUGUGUGUGUGUGUGUGUGUGUGUGUCUGUGUGUGUGUGUGUGUGUGUGUGUGUGUGUGUGUGUGUGUGUGUCUGUGUGUGUGUGUGUGUGUCUGUCUGUGUGUGUGUGUGUGUGUGUGUGUUUGGGCUAUUUGUUUGUUUGAGAUGUGGGGUUCUUUGUUUUUAGCUGGGGCAUCAUUUGGUAUUUAUAUAAGGGCAUUUAGCUACGCUCUUAGAGAAAAAGGUUCCAAAAGGGUUCUUCAGCUGUCCCCAUAGGAGAACCCUUUCUGGUUCCAGGUAGAAUUAUUUUGGGUUCCAGGGCCUCCCGAGUGGAGCAGCGGUCUAAGGCUCUGCAGUGCUUGAGGAGUCACUACAGACCCGGGUUCAAUCCCAGGCUGUGUCACAGCUGGCCGUGACCGGGACACCCAUGAGGCGGCGCACAAUUGGCCCAGCGUCCUCCGGGUUAGGGGAGGGUUUGGCUGGUUGGGAUGUCCUUGUCCCAUCGCUCUAGCGACUCCUUGUGGUGGGCCGGGCGUAUGCACGCUUGCACGCUUACACGGUCGCCAGCUGGACGGUGUUUCCUCCGACACAUUGGUGCGGCUGGCUUCCAGGUUAAGCGAACAGUGUGUCAAGAAGCAGUGCGGCUUGGCGGGGUCGUGUUUCGGAGGACGCAUGGCUCUCGACCUUCGCCUCUCCCGAGUCCCUAUGGGAGUUGCAGCAAUGCGACUGUAACUAGAAAUUGGGGACAAAAAGGGGUAAGAUAUACAGCAUCAUUUCCAUUUGGUUUGUUCUGCUAGACACUGAGUAAACAGGAAAUGCACACAACCUCACGGAACACUGAAGAACAGGAAGAAGUUAUGAUUUGAAACUGGUGUGUUCUUGAAUGGACACAGAUUUAAUUAUCCCAAAGCUAUUACAAUUUUUGUCAUAAGCCAAACUGAUUAUUUUUUAGAAACAACAGACUUCUUUCAGUGAGAAACGUGAUUUGAUAUACAUCAAUAGAACAAUAUGAAAUGCCUGCCUCACACUACAUUUUCCAGGGCCAUUUGGGAGCAGUUCUGCCUCCAUGAUGUUACAACAAUUCAAUCUCUCUCUCUCUCUCUCUCUCUCUCUCUCUCUCUCUCUCUCUCUCUCUCUCUCUCUCUCUCUCUCUCUCUCUCUCUCUCUCUCACACUACAUUGCCAGGGCCAUUUGGGAGCAGUUCUGCCUCCAUGAUGUUACAACAAUUCAAUCUCUCUCUCUCUCUCUCUCUCUCUCUCUCUCUCUCUCUCUCGCUCUCUCGCUCUCUCUCUCUCUCUCUCUCUCUCUCUCUCUCUCUCUCUCUCUCUCUCUCUCUCUCUCUCUCUCUCUCUCUCUCUCUCUCUCUCUCUCUCUCUCCAGAGCUCUUCAGGGAGUUAUUCCGUUCAUCCUUCUCUCUGUGUCUGAGAUACAAGAAGCUGAAAUGGCUUAGUAAUGCUUCUCAGACUCUCAAUUCAAAACCCAAAUGUAUAUUGAAAGCUCUUGUACAGUGUGUCACUCAUUUCAACACUGCUGAAAUAAAAACAAUUUAAACCCCAAGGUGUUAGAAAGCUCCAAUUCAGUACGUCCCCACAUUUAAGCUUUUCUGAAAUACCAGUUUUCUUGUUCAUUUCCUGUAAUAACCUUUUUAUUGUUAAUUUGCUGAAAUAACCUUUUUUUUUUUUGUUAAUUUGAGAAAAUAAUCAUUUUCCUGUUAAUUUGCUGAAAUAGUUGUUUUAUUUUCUUUCUACAGUUUCAGUAUCGAGCCCAACUACGACUUCCUGUAUAUCUACGACGGACCAGACAGCAACAGUCAUCUCAUUGGUAGUUUCCAGGAUAGCAAGCUUCCAGAGAAGAUCGAGAGCUCCGCUAACUUCAUGCACCUAGCCUUCCGUAGCGACGGCUCAGUGAGCUACAAAGGCUUCCAUCUGGAGUAUAAAGGUGAGGCGCAAAGGGAUGUUUAUGCAAACUUGAAAUGGUUGUUUUGUGUCUUUGUUUUAAUGGUUUUGUGCAAGUUACAAAUGCAGCAGAGGACUAUCUUCUGAGUUUGUUCCCUUUUCUGUCGGUUCAUUUGACACUAAUUCACUCGCCGUGUUGUGUCUCGUCCCCCUUCCUUCAGGGAACCAAGUUUAUAUUCAUACAAGGAUGAUCUUUGUCGAACUUUCCAAAGUGUUUGUUUUGUGUCUUUUUUCCCAUUAUGUUUUUGUGCUAUCGACCAAGUUUUUUUCAAAUGUAGCAAAGGACGUCCUGACAAGUUAGUUCCUGUUUGUUUUGUGUGUUUGUUUAAAGUGUAUUUCUACACAACAUCAUUUUGUAAUACGGUGCAUUCAGAAAGUAUUCAAACCCCCUGACUUUUUCCACAUUUUGUUACGUUAUUCUAAAAUGUAUUAAAUGAUAGUGUUUCCUCAUCAAUCUACACACAAUACCCCAUAAUGACAAGCGAAAACAGGGUUUUAGAAAUUUUUGCAAAGUAAGUAUUCAGACCCUUUGCUAUGAGACUCGAAAAUGAACUCAGGUGCAUCCUGUUUCCAUUGAUCAUCCUUGAGAUGUUUCUACAACUUGAUUGGAGUCCACCUGUGGUAAAUUCAAUUGAUUGGACAUGAUUUGGAAAGGCACACACCUGUCUAUAUAAGGUCCCACAGUUGACAGUGCAUGUCAGAACAAAAACAAAGCCAUGAGGUCGAAGGAAUUGUCCGUAGAGCUCUGAGACAGGAUUGUGUCGAGGCACAGAUCUGGGGAAGGGUACCAAAAAAUGUCUGCAGCAUUGAAGGUCCCCAAGAACACAGUGGCCUCCAUCAUUCUUAAAUGGAAGAAGUUUUGAACCACCAAGACUCUUCCUAGAGCUGGCCGCCCGGCCAAUCUGAGCAAUCGGGGGAGAAGGGCCUUGAAACCGAUGGUGACUCUGACAGAGCUCUAGAGUUCCUCUGUGGAGAUGGGAGAACCUUCCAGAAGGACAACCAUCUCUGCAGCACUCCACCAAUCAGGCCUUUAUGGUAGAGUGGCCAGACGGAAGCACUCCUCAGUAAAAGGCAUAUGACAGCCCGCUUGGAGUUUGCCAAAAGGCACCUAAAGACUCUCAGACCAUGAGAAACAAGAUUCUCUGGUCUGAUGAAACCAAGAUUGAACUCUUUGGCCUGAAUGCCAAGCGUCACAUCUGGAGGAAACCUGGCACCAUCCCAAAGGUACAGAGAUAUCCUUGAUGAAAACCUGCUCAGACUGGGGUGAAGGUUCACCUUCCAACAGGACAACGACCCUAAGCACACAGCCAAGACAACGCAGGAGUGGCUUCGGGACAAGUCUCUGAAUGUCCUUGAGUGGCCCAGCCAGAGCCUGGACUUGAACCAGAUCGAACAUCUCUGGAGAGACCUGAAAAUAGCUGUGCAGCAACGCUCCCCAUCCAACCUGACAGAGCUUGAGAGGAUCUGCAGAGAAGAAUGGGAGAAACUCCCCAAAUACAGGUGUGCCAAGCUUGUAGCGUCAUACCCAAGAAGACUCGAGGCUGUAAUCGCUGCCAAAGGUGCUUCAACAAAGUACUGAGUAAAAGGUCUGAAUACUUAUGUAAAUGAAUAUUUCAGUUCUUUUAUUUUUCAUAAAUUAGAAAAAAUUCAAAAAAUCUGUUUUCGCUUUGUCAUUAUGGGGUAUUGUGCGUAGAUUGAUGGGGGGAAAACUAUUUAAUCAAUUUGAGAAAAAUGCUGUAACGUAACAAUGUGGAAAAAGUCAAGGGGUCUGAAAACGUUCCUAAUGCACCGUAUAUACUGUAAGUCUUUAAAAAGUUGAUUGGUUACAGCUUUUUGUGAUCAGACAUUCACUAGGCUAUCCAACCGCUCAAACAAACUUCUGAUGCUGCCACAUAAUUUGUCUGAAUUAGAACAAUAUAUAAAAUGUAUAUUUUCAACAACAGCUAAACUGCGGGAGGCUUGCUUUGAUCCGGGGAACGUUAUGAACGGGACACGCCUGGGGAAUGACUACAAGCUGGGCUCCACGGUGACGUUCAGCUGUGAGGCGGGCUAUGUGUUACAGGGACACUCCACACUGACCUGUAUGAUGGGGAACAGCAGGAGGCCUGAGUGGGACCGAGCCAAGCCCAGCUGUCAAGGUGAGGCAACACACACACACACACACACACACACACAGACACAGACACAGACACAGACACAGACACAGACACAGACACAGACACACACAGACAGACAGACAGACAGACAGACAGACAGACAGACAGACAGACAGCCAGACAGACAGACAGACAGACAGACAGACAGACAGACAGACAGACAGACAGACUUUAAAUACUUUAUUUAAAUCCACCUAUCAAAUUUACAAAAAAAAGGAUCCAAAGAUUUCAAAGGUCCCUGUAUGCAUGGCACUCAAGGGUAAAGAAAGCACCUCCUUGUCCAAACAGCCAGGCUGCCGACGAAGCUGAAACAGAGCAGUACUUAGCCAGUUGCUUUGCCCUAGUUUUUGUAAGGCCCGCAAUCUGGAGGCCACGCACUGCAAGCCUGUAUACGCGGCAGAGACUGCCGAACAUCAGAGCUACCAGCUUGCACCUCCGCCCGAGGCUGUCCAAGCGGGCCGCAAGGGGCUGGUACUUAAGCAGCUUCUCGGCAGAGGCCUGCUCCAUGAAAACACAUCAUCGUCAACAUCAAACCAGCUUCCUCUCACACAAGAAUGUUUCUGCAUGUGUGCUGUUGGUGAGACCACUUGUCUCACCUCGUCAGGUAAACAAAGGCGGUCAUGUCUAGCAAUGUACAAAUCUUUUUAUGAACAGCAGCCAUUCACAACAUGGACCACGGACUCCAUUACAUUUGACUUAUGUAGAAUACGAAAUGGGUCGUAGUUUGUAGGGUACCAGAGUGCUAGAUUAUAUUUUGUUGGUAGAACCUGCAGCCUCAGGCCAGUCCAGUUUCCCCCUGCAGCCUCAGGCCAGUCCAGUUCCCCCUGCAGACUCAGGCCAGUCCAGUGUUGCAGUAGCUGCAUCCGUCUGAUACCAAGGAGUGUUGUCCUGGAUGUAGGAUGAGAUGCUCCAUCACACACACACACUGAGUGGGACAGAGCCAAGCCCACCUGUCAAGGUGAGGGAGGUGACGAUCGAUCGAUUAUCAAUUUGUUCUGUACAGUAGCUCUGACUGAUCAAUAGUUUGGUGUUUAAACUGAAGAAGACAUUAGUUUGAAUAAAGGCCAGAUUAAGGUUUAUUGUGUUGUAGGAAGUGUGUGUCUGUGCGUGCCUGUGCGUGUGCGUGUCUGUGCGCGUGUGUGUGUGUGUGUGUGUGUGUGUGUGUGUGUGUGUGUGUGUGUGUGUGUCUGUGUGUGUCUGUGCGUGUGUGUGUCCAUUCUAUUGACUAACCUGUCUGUUGUGUUAAAGUGAUAUGAAUGGUCCCAGGAUGCAAUGUAACCACAACACCUCGGGCCCUUGUCGAAAGUAGUGCACUAUACAGGGAAUAGGGUGCCGUUUGGGACCCAGGCACCUUGACUCAGAUUGAUUGGGGUCUUGGCAUGGUUCCACUCUCUACAGCCCUCACAUACUGUCUGUCUCAUUACUGAUCAUGGUUCCCCUCUCUACAGCCCUCACAUACUGUCUGUCCCAUUACUGAUCAUGGUUCCUCUCUCUACAGCCCUCACAUACUGUUUGUCUCAUUACUGAUCAUGGGUCCCCUCUCUACAGCCCUCACAUACUGUCUGUCUCAUUACUGAUCAUGGUUCCCCUCACUACAGCCCUCACAUACUGUCUGUCUCAUUACUGAUCAUGGUCCCCCUCACUACAGCCCUCACAUACUGUCUGUCUCAUACAAACCUCUCAGGUCUCAUGGUAUUUGGGGUCUGUUGUGUCGUUUUCAGUUCAGGCUGACUGCAUGGUGACAGGGAGAACCCAGUCCAUCUGGUGCUAGUCUCAUUGUGUGUGCUUGGUGUGUGUGUGUCUGGUGUGUGUGUGUGUGUGUCUGGUGUUGUGUCCCAUAUAGACUUGGACCAGCUGGUGCCUCUCUCUGACAAAUGAGAUUGUGUUAGUUAACAGUGUUCUCUGCCCACCUGCUAAGUUAUACCACUGUGUCUCUCUCUCUGUUUCUGUGUGUGUGUGUGUGUGCCCACCUGCUGAGGUGACUGCAUUAAAAGCCUCUCAACACAUUACCUGCAUGAUUAACAGUUUAAGAUAUGAGAUACUGACAUACUGCUGGUAGAAAUGUACUGUUGUAAUGGACUACAGGAGGAUAUCACACAGUCUUAUGAUUACACUGAUAUAAUAAUAUGCCAUUUAGCAGACGCUUUUAUCCAAAGCGACUUACAGUCAUGUGUGCAUAAAUGUUUUGUGUAUGGGUGGUCCCGGGGAUUGAACCCACUACCUUGGCGUUACAAGCGCUGUGCUCUACCAGCUGAGCUACAGAGGACCGCAGGAGGAGAGGAGACAGCUCAUUUAAAUGAUCAUGAUUAUUAUAACCAUAAUAUACCAUAAUAAUGAUAUGGAUUAUUAUUAGCAUGAUAAUUAUAUGGAUUAUUAUGAUCAUGAUAAUGAUAUUGAUUAUUAUGACCAUGAUAAUGAUAUGGAUUAUUAUUACCAUGAUAAUUAUAUGGAUUAUUAUGAUCAUGAUAAUAUUAGUAAAGUAAUCUAAUUAAUGUGAUUCUCUCUUACCUUAACCAAAAUAUAAACGCGACAUGAAACAAUUUCAAAGAUUUUACUGAGUUGCAGUUCAUAUAAGGAAAUCAGUCAAUUGAAAUGAAUUCAUUAGGCACUAAUCUAUGGAUUUCACAUGACUGGGAAUACAGAUAUGCAUCUGUUGGUCACCAAUACCUUAAAAAAAAGGUAGGGCCGUGGAUCAGAAAACCAGUCAGUAUCUGGUGUGACCUCCAUUUGCCUCAUGGAGCGCAACACAUCUCCUUCACAUAGAGUUGAUCAGGCUGUUGAUUGUGGCCUGUGGAAUGUUGUCCCACUCCUCUUCAAUGGCUGUGCGAAGUUGCUGGAUAUUGGCGGGAACUGGAACACGCUGUCGUACACGUCGAUCCAGAGCAUCCCAAACAUGCUCAAUGGGUGACAUGUCUGGUGAGUAUGCAGUCCAUGGAAGAACUGGGACAUUUUCAGCUUCCAGGAAUUGUGUACAGAUCCUUGCGACAUGGGGCCGUGCAUUAUCAUGCUGAAACAUGAGGUGAUGGCGGCGGAUGAAUGGCACGACAAUGGGCCUCAGGAUCUCGUCACGGUAUCUCUGUGCAUUCAAAUUGCCAUCUGUAAAAUGCAAUUCUGUUCGUUGUUCGUAGCUUAUCCCUGCCCAUACCAUAACGCCACCGCCACCAUGUUGACGUCAGCAAACCACUCGCCCACACCACAUCAUACACGCAGUCUGCCAUCUGCCCGGUCCUGUGAACAGCAGACCUGUGAAUAUCAGUCCUGUGAAUACCAGACCUGUGAAUACCAGUCCUGUGAAUAGCAGUCCUGUGAAUACCAGACCUGUGAAUACCAGUCCUGUGAAUAGCAGUCCUGUGAAUAGCAGUCCUGUGAAUAGCAGUCCUGUGAAUACCAGACCUGUGAAUACCAGUCCUGUGAAUAGCAGUCCUGUGAAUACCAGACCUGUGAAUAGCAGUCCUGUGAAUAGCAGUCCUGUGAAUACCAGACCUGUGAAUAGCAGUCCUGUGAAUACCAGUCCUGUGAAUACCAGACCUGUGAAUACCAGACCUGUGAAUAUCAGUCCUGUGAAUACCAGACCUGUGAAUACCAGUCCUGUGAAUACCAGUCCUGUGAAUAGCAGUCCUGUGAAUACGGUUUCAACUGUACCGGGCAGACGGCCGACAGCGUAUAUCAGUAUAUCUCAGCGUCUGCCAUCUGCCUGGUACAGUUGAAACUGGGAUUCAUCUGUGAAGAGCACACUUCUUCAGCGUGCCAGUGGCCAUCGAAGGUUAACAUUUGCCCACUGAAGUCGGUUACGACGGCGAACUGCAGUCAGGUCAAGACCCUGGUGAGGACGAUGAGCACGCAGAUGAGCUUCCCUGAGACGGUUUCUGACAGUUUGUGCAGAAAUUCUUCAGUUGUGCAAACCCACAGUUUCAUCUGCUGUCCGGGUGGAUGGUCUCAGACGAUCCCUCAGGUGAAGAAGCCGGAUGUGGAGGUCCUGGGCUGGCGUGGUUACACGUGGCCUGUGGUUAUGAGGCCGGUUGGACGUACUGCCAAGUUCGACGUUGGAGGCCGCUUAUGGUAGAGAAAUUAACAUUCAAUUUUCUGGCAACAGUUCUGGUGGACAUUCCUGCAGUCAGCAUGCCAACUGCACGCUCCCUCAAAACUUGGGACAUCUGUGGCAUUGUGUUGUGUGACAAAACAGCACAUUUUAGUGGCCUUUUAUUGUCCCCAGCACAAGGUGCAUCUGUGUAAUGAUCAUUCCGUUUAAUUACCUUCUUGAUAUGCCACACCUGUCAGGUGGAUGGAUUAUCUUGGCAAAGUAGGAAUGCUCACUAACAGGAUUGUAAACAAAUUUGUGCACAAUAUAUUUAGAGAAUUAAGAUUUUUGUGCGUAUGAAACAUUUCUGGAAAAAAUUCAGCUCAUUUAACAUGUUGUGUUUUAUAUUUUUUGUUCAGUGUAUAUCUUGAUCCCGAUCUCAAUCCCAAUCUGAAUCUGUUGAUGGUUUGCUGUCCUUGGACUUUAAGUCCUCUAAAAACACAACUCUCCCCGUCCUCCCUCCCCCUCCUACUCUUUGUAAAUGUCCUAUCCCUCAAGUAUCUCAUGUUGUAGACCGUUAGUAUUUAGCUUUAGCAUUAGCAUUAGCAUUAGCAUUUAGCAUUUAGCAUUUAGCAUUUAGCAUUUAGCAUUUAGCGUUUAGCGUUUAGCGUUUAGCGUUUAGCGUUUAGCAUUUAGCAUUUAGCAUUAGCAUUUAAGUGGUCAAACUGACAGUUUCUCCUCCUUAUAUUUUCUGAUAAUUGUGUGCAGCUGAAGGAAAUUGCUGGUUCCUGUUUCCGCUGCAUAGCUGUAUGCAUUUAGUGUGACCUGGAAGUCACGUUGAUGUGUUGGUGUUUUCACAGCUCCGUGCGGAGGCCGCUCGACAGGGUCAGAGGGGACCGUCCUGUCCCCAAACUACCCCCGUAAUUAUACCCAGAGUCUGACCUGCGUCUACCACAUAUUUGUCCCCGGGGACUUU